UGUAGUUCGUGUCUAUGCGCACCAUGUAUUCCUCCGACCUUUUUCAUCUCCGACGUCGCCAUAUGCAAAGGCGAUCGGUGACAACUGUAACAUAAAGCGUUAAAAUGGCGUAUACCAUAGCGAGGCCCCUCGUGAACGUGUACAAUGACAAGAACGAGCUGUCCGGGACCCACGUGGCCCUGCCGGCCGUCUUCAAGGCGCCCAUCAGGCCGGACAUCGUGAACUUCGUUCACGUGAACAUGUCCAAGAACAACCGACAGCCAUACGCCGUCUCGAAGGAAGCCGGGCACCAGACCUCUGCCGAGUCCUGGGGCACUGGUCGUGCGGUGGCACGUAUCCCACGUGUGCGUGGUGGAGGCACCCACCGUUCCGGCCAGGGUGCCUUUGGCAACAUGUGCCGAGGUGGCCGCAUGUUUGCCCCGACCAAGACCUACCGCCGCUGGCACCGCCGCAUCAACGUGGCUCAGAAGCGCUAUGCCAUCUGCUCUGCCGUGGCUGCCACCGGAGUUCCCGGUCUGGUUCUCUCCAAGGGCCACAAGAUUGAGGAGAUUCCUGAGGUUCCUCUGGUGGUGAGUGACAAAAUCCAGGACCUGAAAAAGACCAAGGAGGCUGUGCUUUUCCUCAAGAAGGUGAAGGCAUGGACAGAUGUUGAGAAGGUGUACAAGUCCCGUCGGCUGCGUGCUGGCAAGGGUAAAAUGAGGAACCGCAGGCGCAUCCAAAGGCUGGGUCCCCUGGUGGUGUUUGAAGCCGACAACGGAAUUACUCGUGCAUUCAGGAACAUCCCAGGCGUGGACACGCUACGUGUGGACAAGCUGAACCUGCUGAAGAUGGCUCCUGGUGGCCACGUCGGACGCUUCGUCAUCUGGACGGAGAGUGCCUUCCGCCGUCUUGACAAGCUGUACGGCACCUACAGGAAGCCCUCAUCCGAGAAAAAGAACUUUAGCCUUCCGAAGCCCCAGAUGACAAACUCUGACAUCAGUCGUAUCCUGAAGAGCGACGAGAUCCGACAGGUCAUCAGGGCUCCUUGCAAGAAGGUUGUGCGCCGUACUCAAAAGAAGAACCCGCUGAAGAACAUCAAUGCCAUGCUGAGGCUGAACCCAUAUGCAGCCGUGACCCGCAGAGCAUCUGUGCUGCUCAACCAGAAGCAAAAGCUCAAGAAGCGUCUCCUCCUGGCUGAGAAGCGAGGCGUCAAGCUGCCAGAGGAGAAGCUGCAGCCAUGGCAACUGGCACUCAAGAGGUCCUUCGAGGCACGCAGGGCUGCCGCUAUCAAGAAGAAGGGCGGCUCCACUGCCGCUGCCCCCAAGAAGGCAGCUGCCGCCAAGUCCAAGGGUGGCAAGAAGGCCCCGGCAAAGAAGUGACCGGUGGAGCAGGACAUACUGCGGAAAUAAAAUGCUUCGCAUCCGUA